AUGAUAAAUUCAAACUUACGGUCCUCUCCUUUACCAAAAGAUGAUACAUAUAUAAGUUGUAAUGAAACAGAACAAGAAUCACUACAUGAAGACAACAGAAGCUCAAAGAAAGAUUCAGGGUUUAGCACAAUGCAUGAUGAAAGUUUAACAAUUGAUACUCCAGUGUAUGGAGACAUUCCAGAGGUUCUUACAUCGGAGAAUUUAGACAGUUUUAACAAGUCGCUAGCAGAACAGUCAACUUUUAUAAAUGUCUCUGUAAACUGUUCUGAUAGUAAAACAGAGGAAAAGACUGAAAAAGUUGAAAAAUGGUUACAUGAUGUCUCUGUAGAAAUGGAAAAAGAAAGUGAGACCAGUAUUGACAGAAAAGUGAAUAGAAUCAGUCAAGAAAUGUGCAGAAAUGUUGAAAAUCAAAGAAGUAGUAAUAAAAUUAGAAAUGGAAGACAGAAACAUGAAGUUAACAGGCAAAGGCAGAAUAGUGUUGAAAUACCGAAAGGAAAUGUACUGUUUUUCAAUACAGUUGUAAGUAAGUCUUGUCAGCCAUUACAGAGACAACAAAGGUCAGAUAUGAACGUUGACUGUCAAAGAGGUAGGCCUGUAAAUUUGAAUGCCCACAGUGAGGAGAUUUUUGGACAUGGUGAUAGACAUAUUUUGAAAGUACAUAGAAGUUUAACUCCUCAGUUUCACCAAAGAUUAAAGGAUGAACAAGUUGCAGAACUUAUGAGAAAGUGUGGUAGAAAUGAUGACAGUGAUGCUUUUAAAGAAGUCACCAAACGUAAACAUUCGGAAUUCUGUGGAAAACGCUACAUUGACCAAUUUGAUGAUGAGCUGGAAAACAAAAUUGAUAUUUUGCCAACUCCACCAAAAAGUAGAAAAUUGAAUGGAAAUGCCAGUGGGCCAUUUAAACAAAGAUAUGAAGAAAACGAAUAUAACUAUUUCAUUGGAGAUAAAAAGUAUAAAAGUUCCGGUCAUAGAAAAGUUGAAAAUGUUGAUAAUUACAUUGAAAAAGAUUACAGAAAAACUUAUCCAGCUGAUGAUAGACAAGAAAUGUUAGCAUAUAUGAUGCAGAGGAAUUUUCCAAAGAAAUCUUCGAAUAGUGGAGCAGAAUAUAAACAUGGCCGAAAUACUGAUAGGGAAGAUUCCCUUGUUAAUGAUGAAAGAGAAGUUUUCCCAAACAGAAAAGGAACAAAGAAGGACAGUCAACAUAAUGAAUAUCAGAAUAUUUAUCACGAAAUUGAAUAUAUUAGUGACCAAGACGCUUAUGCUAACUUUGACAGUAAUACUAAUAGGCAGCAAAAGAAAAUGAAAUCUCCAAAGAAUGGAAACAGUUCAAUAAUGAGUCCUAGGCAGAGAGAUGAGAGAAACUUAAGGAUGAAAAACGCCUGCAUUUCACCUGUCAACCAGUAUGGAGUCAACCAGUCAUAUAUCAGAAAACUAAAAAAUAGCCCAAAAUUUGAAGAUGCAGAAGAUGGUCUCCAAAGUCAGCAUUAUGAUGAAUUAGGUGAAACGAGUGAAGAAAUACAUGAAAGAAAUAGUAACCUAGAUAAAAAUCAGUAUGAGUUUGAAAGAUCUCCUAGAAUAAAAGGUAGACAUACCAGUAGGCAAGCUAAUAAAAGAACUGAAUAUAAUCAAUGUAAUAGGGAAAAUGACUUCGAUUUAAAUGAAGGAGAAACUGUAUUUGAAAAGUCUGAGCAAUCCAGAACAGACUGUAAUAUUGGGUUUGGCCAGUAUUCGAGGUCUAAGGCUUUUAGUAGACAAUAUAGGCAAAUAAAGGAAAGAGAUAGGCCAGAAAUUGGACAUUAUGAUGAAGUAGAAAGAGUUGAUAUAUAUAAUAGACAUGAAAAUUGUGAACAAUUUGUAGAAAGUUCUCCAAAGAUAAAAAAUAGAAGUAGGAAAUCUAAUGUCAGAACAGACCAAGAUAUGUACACAAAUCCUCGAAACUAUGACCAAGAUGAAUUUUAUGAUAGGAAUGCGAAUUACAAAGGUGCAUAUGAGCCCUCCAUUGAGUUGUCUUUUGAAAAGGAAAGAUAUAGUUCUAAAAAGAUGGAAGAUUUCAAUAACUCUAACAGAAACUUUGUUGAUAAUGAUGAAGAAUUUGAAGAUGAAAAUGACUAUGUGUCACCUAGAACUCAAAUCAAAAGGUACCAUCUUGAAUGUCAUUUAGGGAGUCCCCACUGGCACAGGUCAAAACACCUCACAGAUUACAGAAUGGAAGAAAGAUCACCCCACCAACAGAGAAAUAAUGUUGCAUAUAAGGACAGCAUGUCACCUACUAUACAAAGAACUAGCUAUACUCCAUUAGAAACUGAGUACAAGUCACCAUGUACAAGACGUAACGCAAAUAAAAAAUGUGAGGAUUUUAGUUCUCCAAUUGUACAAAGAGCAAAAGCUAGCAGCAGACAGGACGAAUUUUCGCCAAGUACGUCGCUUGCCAAAAUGAGACUGAACACACCUAAAUCAAGAUCAGAAGACAGACGAAGACAACAUAGAAGAAGUCAAAGUAGGGGAGAAGACUGUGAAACAAAUGUAGAUCCAUAUCAGAAGCCCUGUUACCAGAGUGAAGUUUGUGAUGCUAAUGCUGCUGGAAAGGACAAUAUUAAUGAUUAUAGUUUUGAUAAAGAAUUCUCAAGAAAAAUACAAGGACAAGAGAAGGAAAUGCCUGUAGGAACCCCAACUCAGUCAUCACAAAGGUUUGUCAGUUUGGAUCAGAUAGGGGGAAUGCCUUUACAGUUUAGAAUUCAGCAGUUAGAAUCAGGACACAGUAUUACAGGUGAAAGAAGAUUAAGUGACAGGCGGAAAGAGUUUAGAAAUGUGGAAUGUAGUAACCAGUAUAUCUGUGAACAGUCAAACGAAAACUCAGAAUAUUAUGAAAACGAGCAAAUUGUGCAUCCAUCUCUUGAAAUUAACAGAAAUUCUAAUGUUUACCACAAAUACUAUGAAGUUGUCAAUGAAAGGGGUCAGGAAAGAGGCCAGUCACCAGACAAACAAGAUAGUGAAAUUAAUAGUAAUGAACAUAACACCGAAAGACCAGGCAAUAGAUUGCCAACCACUUCUAGUGAACCUAAAAUGAGGAAAAGUUUGUUUUCCCCUACUUAUGAAAAUAGGAGACAAAACACCCUUUCCCAAAGUAGAAAGACAGUGUUACAGAGUGGAAAAGGUUUUGAUGCAUUCAAAAUACCAAUGAGUCCCCCAGUUGUAGCUAGAACUAAAGUGAACAAACAUAACAAAGAAAAUGAGCAUGAUGAGAAAAAAAUGUUCACACAGAAAACUAAAUGUGCUUCUUCUGAAGUGACCAAGACUAGGGAGGGAUUUUCAAACAAACGUUAUACAAACAGUGGUUCAGAUAAAAUGACGCCAUUACAGUACAUGCAAAGUACUCCUAUAAAGCCUGGUAUUCAGUUUACAAUGAACACAACUAUGUCAACAAUAAUGGGCAGCGAUGAAACUGAAAUUAAUAACGAUGCAAAUGAAGAGAUUGUACUGAUCUGA